AUACCCCCCACCCACCCCGUUGAUUGGCAAUUUGGGAGAAGCGUUUGGAACCUUUAUCAUCCAUCAUCAAUCAAAUCGAACAUUAAUUUCUUUCAUUAAUUCAUUCCGAUUCUGUCUUAUAUGGAAGAGGAAGAAGGGGAAGAACAAGACGGAGACGACCCUUCUUCUCCCCUCUUUCUCCUUUACAUCAUCGAUUCCAUCAACACAACAUAUCUUUAAUUAAUUAAUCCAACCCAAUUUCCCAUCAAACAUUUGAUUGAGGGGUUAACCAAUGGGCAAAACGAACCCCUUCUCGUUUCGCCGGAGCAGCAGCGGCGGCACCACAACCAGGCGGCGGAAGACGGCCAAGAAGGCCGGCGAAUCGCCCUUACUUUUGUCGGAGCAAUCACCGUCUCCCAACAACGAGGUGGUUUCGACGGCGAAACCGGUUGCUGCGGUGGCCAAAGUGAAGAAGAAGGCAGGUGGGGCGAGGCUGUGGAUGCGGUUUGAUAGGUCCGGUGAAUCGGAAGUAUUUGAGUGUGAUAAGACCACCAUUAUUAAGCGGGCCGGGAUUCCAGCUAGGGAUUUGAGGAUUUUGGGUCCUGUUUUCUCCAAUUCGUCUAAUAUUCUUGCUAGGGAAAGGGCGAUGGUUGUUAAUUUGGAAUAUAUAAAGGCGAUAGUCACAGCAGAAGAAGUACUUUUACUUGAUCCUCUACGCCAAGAAGUUCUUCCAUUUGUGGAUCAACUGAGGCAACAACUUUCUCACAAGACCAAUUCCAGUAUAUCUGGUAAUCGUCAGCUUGCUUUACGUGAUGCGGAAUCGAAUUUAUCGGCCUCUGGACGAUGGAUACCUGUUCCCGAAACCUCCGAAGGUUUGCAAGCAGAGCUUCCGUUUGAAUUUCAAGUUUUGGAAGUUGCGUUGGAGGUAGUUUGUACGUAUUUGGACUCGAGUGUUGCAGACCUUGAGAGAGACGCUUAUCCUGUUCUUGAUGAGCUGGCUAAGAAUGUCAGCACCAAGAAUCUUGAGCGCGUAAGGAGUUUGAAAAGCAAUCUUACUCGUUUGCUUGCAAGGGUACAAAAGGUGAGGGAUGAACUUGAACAUCUUCUUGAUGACGAUGAAGAUAUGACGCAGUUGUAUUUAACAAGAAAGUGGUUACAGAACCAACAGAGUGAGGGUUUGGCUGGAGGCGUGGGGUCCAUUAGCUUCAACAACGGGGGACACCAUCUGAGGCGGCUUAGUUCCGUCAAGAGUGGAAGUAUGAUGACAAGUGCUAAUCUGUACGAUGAUGAUGUUGAGGAUCUUGAGAUGUUGCUCGAGGCCUAUUUUAUGCAGCUUGAUGGGACCCGUAACAAAAUCUUAUCUGUUCGUGAGUACAUUGAUGACACAGAGGACUAUGUGAACAUCCAACUGGACAACCAACGUAACGAGCUUAUUCAACUUCAACUGACAUUAACGAUCGCGUCAUUUGCUAUAGCCAUUGAGACCCUGGUGGCGGGAUUAUUUGGAAUGAAUAUACCGUGUGAUUUGUAUUAUAGAGAAGGAAUAUUUGAGCCUUUCGUUGGAGCUAUUACAGUCGCGUCUAUCAUGCUUUUUCUAAUUGUGCUUGGAUACGCUAGAUGGAAGAAGCUGCUCGGUUCAUAAAAUAAAAAAACAAACCCCUCUCCAAAUUAAAUAAUUAUGCUGAAUUUUUGGGAAAAUAUUUGGGUUUGGAUUUUUGUAUGUUGAUACAUUACUUAUUAUCAUGAUGUAUUCCUUUUGAUUGAUUGAUGAUAAUGAUAAUGAUAAUGCUUAUUCCAACUGCAUCUGGUUGGGUUUGCCUUUUAUACU